GCUGCAGAAGCGGCCACCACCUCCAAAGCUCAAGGUAGCUCAUCUGAAAAGAAACCUGAGCCCCUGGGAGGCAACACUGAGCGACCCUGGCAGUGCAGACGCGGCUAGCUCAGUCAGUCACUGGUCAGCGUGAGAGGACAAGGGCGAGCUUGGCCAACGCGGACCCUGGAGACCUGCCUCUGGGAUCCUGCUCUAAGCUCUCUUCGCAUUUCAUAGAUUUACCCCCGCGACUGUACCUCCUCAAAACGGAGCCUUUAUUUCCACAAAAGGUGUGGAAGCUGGAGCCACCAGGACUUUCACGGGCACCAAAGAUGCGCUCCAUUAGAAAGAGGUUGACGAUCUGCACGAUAAGUCUGCUCUUGAUCUUUUAUAAGACAAAAGAAAUAGCAAGAACUGAGGAGCACCAGGAAACGCAACUCAUUGGAGAUAGUGAAUUGUGUUUGAGUCGAUCACUUGUCAAUAGUUCUGAUAAAGUUAUUCGAAAAACUGGCUCUUCAAUUUUUCAACACUCCGUAGAAGGCUGGAAAAUUAAUUCUUCUUUGGUCCUGGAGAUAAGGAAGAACAUUCUUCGUUUCCUAGAUGCAGAGAGAGAUGUCUCAGUGGUCAAGAGCAGCUUUAAGCCUGGUGAUGUCAUACACUACGUGCUUGACAGGCGUCGAACACUGAAUAUUUCUCAUGAUCUGCAUAGCCUCCUACCUGAAGUUUCACCCAUGAAAAAUCGAAGGUUUAAGACAUGUGCAGUCGUUGGAAAUUCUGGUAUUCUUCUGGAUAGUGGAUGCGGAAAAGAGAUUGACAGUCACAAUUUUGUCAUAAGGUGCAAUUUAGCUCCUGUGGUGGAGUUCUCUGCAGACGUGGGAACUAAAUCUGAUUUUAUUACUAUGAAUCCAUCAGUUGUACAAAGAGCAUUUGGAGGCUUUCGGAAUGAGAGUGACAGAGAAAAAUUCGUGCACAGACUUUCCAUGCUGAAUGACAGUGUCCUUUGGAUCCCUGCUUUCAUGGUCAAAGGAGGAGAGAAGCACGUGGAAUGGGUUAAUGCGUUAAUCCUAAAGAAUAAACUGAAAGUGCGAACUGCCUAUCCAUCAUUGAGACUUAUUCAUGCUGUCAGAGGGUACUGGCUGACAAACAAAGUUCCCAUCAAAAGACCAAGCACAGGUCUCCUCAUGUACACACUUGCCACAAGAUUCUGUGACGAAAUUCACCUUUAUGGAUUCUGGCCUUUCCCUAAGGAUUUGAAUGGAAAAGCUGUCAAAUAUCAUUAUUAUGAUGAUUUAAAAUAUAGGUACUUUUCCAAUGCAAGUCCUCACAGAAUGCCAUUAGAAUUCAAAACGUUAAAUGUGCUACAUAACAGAGGAGCUCUAAAACUGACAACAGGAAAGUGUGUAAAGCAAUAAAGCACAUGCAAAUCAGACAAAACUGAAUAUGCACUUCUUUUCUGAAGAAGGGUUAUAAAGUUUGAAAAUAGGAUCCAAAUCAAGACUUGGUUUCGGCAUCUAACAAACAUUGAUCAGACUGAUAUAUGUUUGUGAGACAUCCAUUACCAGCUGGUGAAAUAUCUGCAAAGUGCUCUAAAAAUUAAAUAUUUUGACUUCAAGGGUCCUAGUAAGUGCCACUUCCACUAAGAACACAGCUUGAAUGUAUAAUCAGUAGUGUUUACAAGAUCCAGCAAUGCAUUCAUCGUUUGGGAAAGCAAAUAUGUUCAUCACUGCUGGGCUGCCACAGCAAAGCCAAGCACAUUAGAAGAGGAAACCAGGAACAUGACUUCAGCCCUUGGGGAAAUCAAACCAUACUUGUCAGCAGAAAUCACUAGGAAAACAGUUUGAGCAGUGAAAUCCAUAAGAUCAAACAACUCAAGUAAAUGCCUUCUGUCAGGACUCUUGAGUCUGAUCAUGAAUUUUAUGUUCUUGUUUAUAUUUUAGUUUGUGUUCUGGAAUCUGUUUUGGUUUGGGUAGUAGGGUGCUUAAAAUUACUUUCUCAGAUAAAUAUGAAUGAGAUAAACCUUAAAAGAAUCAUUUUUAAGGCUCUAUUUUUAAAAAGGGGAAAAUUACACAGAGUUUUUUUUUU